GUUUUGCAUGCAUUCCUUCCAUACCUAUUUUUUACCCCCACAGGCAGUGAAAAAUGCCUAAAAAGAAGACUGGUGCUCGUAAGAAAGCUGAAAACCGUCGUGAACGUGAAAAGCAGAUAAGGGCUUCAAGAGCCAACAUAGAUCUAGCCAAACAUCCCUGCAAUGCUUCAAUGGAAUGUGAUAAGUGCCAAAGACGACAGAAGAAUAGAGCUUUUUGCUACUUCUGUAACUCUGUUCAAAAAUUACCCAUUUGUGCACAGUGUGGGAAAACCAAAUGCAUGAUGAAGUCUUCAGACUGUGUUAUAAAACAUGCUGGUGUGUACAGUACUGGACUAGCAAUGGUGGGUGCAAUCUGUGAUUUCUGUGAAGCUUGGGUGUGUCAUGGGAGGAAAUGUCUCAGCACACAUGCAUGUAUCUGCCCUCUUGCAGACGCAGAAUGUAUUGAGUGCGAAAGAAGCGUCUGGGACCAUGGAGGCAGAAUAUUUGCGUGCUCUUUUUGCCACAAUUUCCUUUGUGAAGAUGAUCAGUUUGAACAUCAAGCCAGCUGUCAAGUUUUAGAAGCAGAGACAUUUAAAUGUGUUUCCUGUAACAGGCUUGGGCAGCAUUCAUGCCUGCGUUGUAAGGCUUGUUUUUGUGACGAUCAUGUGCGAAGUAAGGUUUUCAAGCAGGAAAAAGGAAGAGAGCCUCCCUGCCCUAAAUGUGGCCAUGAAACUCAGCAGACAAAGGAUCUGAGCAUGUCAACACGCUCUUUGAAGUUUGGCCGACAGACUGGAGGUGAAGAUGCAGAUGGAGCUUCUGGUUACGAUGCCUACUGGAAGAAUCUCUCCUCCAGCAAGGCUGGAGAUGCAGUUGAUCACGAGGAUGAAUAUGAUGAAUAUGAAGCAGAAGAUGAUGACGAAGAUGACAAUGAUGAGGGAGGGAAAGAUUCUGAUACAGAGACCACAGAUGUAUUCAGCAAUUUGAAUUUAGGAAGGACCUAUGCUAGUGGAUAUGCACAUUAUGAGGAAUCUGAAGAUUAAGCUUAGUAUGCUGGUAAGCUAAAAGCAUUCAAGAAGAGCCAAGCAGUGCUUCACCUGAGUUAUGUAUGUGCCAGUAGGAUAGCUUUAUCAGGUACUUACAUAUCUAAAUUAGAGAUUAAAGAGUGUGGGACUUCUGCAGUAACUCCAAGUGAACUUUUUCUUGGUAUAAACCAAUACUGGGUUUGCGACUGGGGGAAGAAAACAAGAGUAUUUUUAUU